UCACUGCCCUAAAGAGCUCAGAUCCUCAGUUUGCAGAAGGCCUGUAGUUGAACAUAAAAUGAAUUUUGAACCAUUGAGAAGACUUUCUGCUUCUCUUGAGCCAGUGGUUGAACUCAUAUUCUUGGACAACCUGCUUAAGAGGGAGGGAGACCCUCCGUUAAAUGCUGACCUAAUGUGGAUUGUUGAAGCAGUGGUGUGUACUACUAGCAGAGAGAACUUCAUUGGAAAUGUUCCCAGCUCUGAAAUGCACCAUUGACUGGAGCAGUGAUAAGCCCAAUGGAGACACUGCUGUGAGUGUGUUACUUCUGAAUAUUAACAGCUGGAGGGCGAUACUAUCUCCAAGGAUUUGAUGGCCUUUAAAAACUAAAGAAAAAUAACAGAUUGCUGCUAAAAUGGAUUCAAUUCCUCACUUGAAUAAUUCCACACCUCUAGUGGACCCCUCAGUGUAUGGCUAUGGAGUACCAAAACGGCCGCUGGACGAUGGAGUAGGUAACCAGUUAGGGGCCUUGGUACAUCAAAGGGCAGUAAUAACAGAAGAAUUCAAAGUGCCUGAUAAAAUGGUUGGAUUUAUUAUUGGCAGGGGAGGUGAGCAGAUUUCACGGAUUCAAGCAGAAUCUGGUUGCAAAAUUCAGAUUGCUUCAGAGAGUUCUGGGAUUCCCGAGAGGCCCUGUGUACUUACCGGAACCCCAGAAAGUAUUGAACAAGCCAAACGGCUCCUGGGGCAGAUCGUGGACCGCUGUCGGAACGGACCUGGCUUUCAUAAUGACAUAGACGGCAACAGCACGAUCCAGGAGCUCCUCAUCCCUGCGUCUAAAGUGGGUCUGGUCAUCGGCAAAGGAGGGGAAACAAUAAAGCAGCUGCAGGAGCGGACAGGUGUGAAAAUGGUCAUGAUCCAGGACGGCCCAUUGCCUACGGGGGCAGACAAGCCUCUUCGCAUCACUGGAGACCCGUUUAAAGUACAGCAAGCAAGAGAAAUGGUAUUAGAGAUCAUCCGAGAGAAAGACCAAGCUGACUUUCGAGGUGUACGCAGUGACUACACCUCCCGAAUGGGAGGAGGCAGUAUAGAGGUGUCUGUUCCUAGGUUUGCUGUUGGGAUUGUAAUAGGAAGAAAUGGGGAAAUGAUCAAAAAGAUCCAGAAUGACGCUGGUGUGAGGAUUCAGUUCAAACCAGAUGAUGGGGUCAGUCCAGAGAGAGCGGCGCAGGUCAUGGGAGCCCCUGAGCGAUGUCAGCAUGCAGCGCACGUCAUCAACGAGCUCAUUCUUACAGCCCAGGAAAGAGAUGGCUUUGGAGGCCUCGCGGUAGCCAGAGGAAGAGGCCGUGGCCGUGGCGACUGGAGUGUGGGAACCCCUGGUGGAAUCCAGGAGAUAACAUACACAGUGCCCGCGGAUAAGUGUGGCCUCGUCAUCGGCAAAGGGGGUGAGAACAUCAAAAGCAUAAACCAGCAGUCAGGAGCCCACGUGGAGCUUCAGCGGAACCCCCCUCCCAACACCGACCCCAACCUGCGAAUAUUCACCAUCAGGGGGAUUCCUCAACAGAUCGAGGUGGCCAGACAUCUCAUAGAUGAGAAAGUUGGCGGGACCAGUCUGGGAGCACCUGGAGCCUUUGGACAGGGCCCCUUCAGCCAGCCACCUGCUGCACCUCAUCAAAACACCUUUCCUCCGAGGAGCUCAGGGUGCUUCCCUAACAUUGCUGCUAAAGUGAAUGGAAACCCCCACAGCACCCCUGUGAGUGGUCCUCCGGCUUUUCUGACCCAGGGCUGGGGCAGCACCUACCAGGCGUGGCAGCAGCCCACACAGCAAGUCCCAAGCCACCAGAGCCAGCCGCAGAGCAGCCAGCCCGACUACAGCAAGGCCUGGGAAGACUAUUACAAAAAACAGAGUCACGCUGCCAGUGCUGCUCCCCAGGCCAGCUCCCCACCGGACUACACAAUGGCCUGGGCGGAAUAUUACAGACAGCAGGUCGCUUUCUACGGGCAGACAUUAGGGCAAGCUCAGGCCCACAGCCAGGAACAGUAGGACAGUGACCUGCGGCUCCCCCACCCCGAAAUCAUUGUGAGCGGAAACCUGUUUAUAACAGAGGUUUUUAGAUUUGCAAACCUUUUGAUGAAGAACCUUUGUUUUAUUCUGUGAAACACUAUAUUUAGAUUAACAGAAUUUUUCUAAAAAUCGGGCAAUUAGUUACUAAAAAUUGGUGGUAAUUUUGUUUCAUUAUUUUUGUUAUUUCAAAUGUGGAAGCUCUGGGAUUCUUUUUGGAGCAAUAUCUGCAAAUUCAGGCACCAGAAUGCCUCAGAGCAGUGACAUUUCAACAUGGUGUGUUUUGUUCCGUUUCUUUUUUUUUUUUUUGCGUGUCUUUUUAUUUACAGUUUUUUCUGUUGCAACAGAAAAUGGCUUGGAAGUCUUAGGUGGUAUGUAACAAAUUCUUUUUAAAAAUUUUUAAACAGUAUUUAAAUAUUCUUAAAUGUGUAAAUUCAUUAAAUGUUUUACUUCUAAUUUCUUGUAUCUUGGCUGUCUGGUUUUAUUGCAUUUUUUUAAAAAAAACUAUUAUGUAUUGUAAUUAAUUAUGUGAAUUCUGAAUUGAGACAGGUAAUUGUAUUGCUGUCCAACGGGGAUUGGGAGGGGCGUUUUAUAGGGUUUGUAUAAUUUCUAGAGCUCUAAAGGGUAAUAUAAAAAUGUGUUCAUGUGUUUAGCAUACGUUUUUUUCAUGUCUCCAUUACCGGUUGCAAUUGUGUAUCUAAGACCUCCAAGCUUGUUUUAAAAACAAAACAAAAAACCUUUCUCUAUUCUCUCAGAAAUAUAAAUACUGUUAUUUUUAAUAUUAAAAAGAAAUUCGAUAUAACUUUUAACAAACACUGUGGAACAUUAAAACGCAUAAAAAUGUAGUAACUAUUUUUAAUUGCAAAGCGUUCUUUGCUUUUUCUUUUAAAUAUUUUUAAUAUUUGUCAAAUUAACUAGAUGAAUAAACAAAUCUAGUAUUAACCACAAUUAUGAAUUAAAUAAUUUUGAUUUAAUAAAAGGGAUAAUAUGAUUUCCAAUGUUUACUGUAGUGGUUUCUUGUACAGAUAACAUGUAUUUUUAAAGGAAAGAAAAACGGAAUUGAAGCUAUUUUUUCUUGCAUUUUUAAUUGACCUGGGGACAUUCCGUUUGACAUGUACUGAAGUUACCAUUUCUGGUUUUUUUCUCCUUAUUUUCCUUAUAAUGCUUGAAAUGUCUAACUAUUAAAAAAAGCUGUUGGAAAAUGUUAUGCAUGUUGUUUUAAAAGAAAAAGUGUUCUUUUUAUUUGACUGGCAAUUCAUUUUACACUCUAUAUAAUAAAAUUUCCACGAGUCAUCUUGUGGGCGAAGUAUUUUUAGUCUGUUUGCCUUCCAUUCGCUUCUGCCUCCCCCACCCCCUGUACCCCCGACUCCC